AUCUCUCUCUGCACUUUUGGCCAUCACACGCACACACACUGGCACAGCCCCAGCGACGUUUUGUUGUCUGUGACUCUUUCUGACGCCGUUUCUUUUCAGUCCUAACUGUAUUAGCGUGAGUAAGCUUUUGGCCGGACAGACGAGCGCGUGUCUAGUAGAAUCGAGAAUCGGAAAAUUCAGAAGUGAGAAACAGAGAUAAAGCCAAAAGUUCAUUAUCAAAUGCAACAGAACGAGCGGGACAAAGAAGAAGGGAAAAGAAGAGUGAAAAUUAAAAGUGAAAAAAGUCCGAGCGGACGCUGCCCUUGAAUUCGUGCGUGUGUGUGUGUGUAUGGGUGUGUUCGAGUUGUUUUUUUUUUUGUAUUUUUGCGUGCGUGCCUUUGCUUCCAAAAUUGUUCAAUGUAAAAAUAAACAUUCGAUUAGGUUUUUAAAACAAAAGCAACCUUGAAAAGGCACCCAAGAAGCAUCGACGAGCGGGCAGCGCUCUUUCAGCUUUUGCUUUCGACACGGCCGCGGCUAUUUUCGUGUGAAAGAAAUGCCUGCCCUGCCGCCUGAAUCGCCUGAAUAGCCUGAAUAGUUUUCCCAAGUGUCCAAUCGGAAAAGUAUUCGCAGAACAAUUGGAAACACUCGCGCUCGUGUGCGCCUUCCUUAACCUGAAACUCGUUAAUUUUCCGAAGCGGUUGCAUCCUGUGUAGAAUCGUAUUCUUGAAUUUAUGUAACCUUCAUCUCCUGUCCUGCCCUCUACUAUCCACAAGGCAAAAACAACGUUCAGGAAUUCGCAGGAGCACCCCUCACGCACAAAAAUUUGGUCGCAGCGGUGGUGGUGGCAGCAUGGAGUAGAAGAGGCACGCCACGCACGCCACAAAGGAGCAGCAGCAGGAGCAGCCCGGAAGGCGGCGCAGGAAUGAAGCGCUAAUGAAUUAACUAAUUAAAAAGAGAAAGCCGGCGCAAAUAGGCGUUAGCCCGUCAUACAAUCCGUUAGAGAAAACCAGAUACAUUGUCUCCUGAAAUAGCAUCGAUAGACACGGCUCCGUGGCUCAGAAUGACAUCAUACGCAAAUGACACAACGACGACCACAACCACAGCAGCAGCAGCAGCAGCAGCGGCGGCUGCCGCAGCGACUGGAGCAGGAAAUGCAGCAGCAACGGCAGCAGCCGGCGCAACCCAGGCGGGCGUAGGAGGCGUGGCUGGUGCAGUUGAAUCAUCGAAAGUCAAGGCCAAGAGCGGGGAUACCCUGCGCAUUGGCCGUGGUGGGAGAUACAGCGACGAGGACGGCAACAGCUCUGAUGGACGGGAGAAGGCCGACACCACGCCCGAGAACAUCAAGAAGAUAGCCGAGAUCAUGGACCAGACAGCGGAUAAGGUUGUCUCUGGGCCGGCCACGCCCCAGACGCAGCCUCCGCCUCCGCAUUCGCAUCCGCCCCUAUCGCCCCGCCAUCAGCUGCUGAGUCAGGUGAAUCCGGGCUCUGUGGGCCUGGGCGCUGCCAUCGAUGAGUCAAGCGGCAAGUUCUGUCUUGGCAAGCCGCCGCCAUCGCCGGCCGAAAAAGCGGCGGCAGCACAGACCAGAGCGAGCCACCAGAAGCAUCAGAUCGGGCACGCUCGCUCCAACAACAGCAACAGCAACAGCAACGACAGCAGCAGCAGAGUGUGCGCCGGCGAGGCAGAGGAGGAAGACAACUCGACCGAAUCGAACUCAACGACGACUGCCACGAAGCAGGCCCUGGCCUUCACCAUCGACCACUUUGAGGCCUCGGAGAACGAUGCUGCGGCACAGGCGGCCCGCUACAAGACCAUGAUGGAGCGCUUCCAGAACCGACACAAGCGUGGGGCCUCCAUGUCCAAGCUGGAGACGGAGAAUGCCACCACCACGACCGGGACGAACAGCGGCGGCGGCGGCAGUGGAAGGCACUCGCAGAGGAGCAGCCUGGACGCCGGCAGCAGUAUGGCCGACGACAUGUCCACGCCCACCUCCGAGCAGGCGCCGCAGGUGAGGCUCCGAGUGCGCGAGAGGAGUGCCUCCCGGGUGCGAGACGCCUCCAAGCGGCACAGCUGGUCGCCACGUAGCUCGGGCACUACAGCCCCAGAGCCAACGCCCACGAGUCGUCCGGCUAGCAAAUCGAAGCUGCCACCGCCGGCCUCUGCCAAGGGAGCCGCCAACCAGGUGGCCAACCGCACCGCCAACCAGUUCACGCCCCGCUCCACCGCCAUGCAGCUGGCCCUCAGGCAUGUGGAGAUGCUGUGCCCGCAGCCACCGCUGGCCGAUGGCAAGCCCCUCUCGGAGGACGCCGUCAGCGAGGCGGGCACCUACACGCUGGACGGCGACAACUACACGGAGGAGCAGAAGGAUCUCAUGAACAUCGACCGCAAUGCCGCAGCGGCGGCAGCCAAAGCCGCAGCCGCAGUAGCAGCAGCAGAAGCAGCAGCAGGAGCCGCGGCGGGAGUAAAGAUGCGCCCCAAGCAGCUGCCGGUUAAGUCGAAUCGAGGCAGCAAUGUGCUGGAGGUGAACUUUUACCACGAGACGCCGCUGCAGGAGCACCCGCCGCAGCACCAGCAGCAGCAGCCACAGAAGAGCAGCACGGGUGCCUAUCUCGAUCAGCUGAAGAGUCGUGUGCUGCGCCAGCAGGCGCCCCUGUCGCCACCCACUCCGCCCUCGCCGGCGGCCGAUGUGGGCUGCUUCACCAGCGUCACCACCAGCGGAGUGCUGGCCAAGCAGCGGGCCCUGGACACGCAUCCCAACAAGCUGACGCGCCACAGCCACAGCCACAGCCUGUCCACGUCGCAGAUCGACAGCUCCGAGUACGUGAGCAACGAGGCCAAGCUGCGCCACACCCAGGCCCUGUCCGGCUCCGCCACGGAUCGGCAGAAGGCCGAGUACCGCCUCAAUGUGUUCACCACCAGCACCACCCAGCAGCAGGCACCCCAUCAGAAACAGCAGCAUCACCAGCUGCCGGAGACGCCGCCCACGCCCACACAGAGCUCGGACACGGCCCUGAUGCAGACCGCGCAGACGAAGCAGGACUGGAUCCAGGAGUGGGCGCGCAACGCACGGGCACGCAGUCUCGCGCAGGAUGUGAGCGGCACGAGUGCCAGUCGACGCCAACAGCAGGCCCAGGCCCAGGCCCAGGCACAGCAACUGAUGACACGCAGCUACAACUGCUCGGACACGGGCGGAGAUUCGCUCACCGACGACAGCCUCAGCCUGUACAACCAGCAGCGACAGUAUGCGGCCGCCGCCAAGCUUAAUCGCAGUCUAGCGGAGCGCUACCGGCUGCUGGGCGACUGCGACUACGCCAGCGAUCCGGCGUUGUGCAGUCACGGGGGCGGAGGAGGACUGGGGCCGGGGCAGGCGGUGGAGCCGCCGUAUAAGCCGCCCAAGAGCCCCAGCAAGAUACCCUCGCCGCUGCACACGCUGGGACGUGGGCGCAGUGCCAGCCGGUCGCGGCCGCAGACCGAUGCCUAUCUGGAGCAGACGGCGGCGGCCAUCAGCAACCUGCAGCAGUCGCUGUCGCGCAGGAGCUCCGUUAAGUCGCCGGCACAGAGCAGUCCGCAGCACAGCCUGGAGGCAGGGGCGGGCGGUGGCUACCGGAGAUCGCCGCUGCACCGGGCGCUCAUGACCAGCAGCAUCAACGAGGCGCAGCUGCAGCUGCUGACCAGCGGAGAGUACCUCCUGAAGCAGCUGCGGCGCCGCAAGAACUCUCUGGACGAUGUGGAGCACGUCGAGCACUUGUACCGCCACGAGCACGCGUACGAGAAGUCGCCGCCUGAGGCGGCUGCCCCGUUGUCGCCGCUGCGUCGAUCGAGCAGCUUCCAGCAGCAGCAGGGGCAAGGGCAGCAUCCGGUGCGGCAGGCCCGACCCAACUUCCAGAACCUGUACACGCCGCCCGCGGCCCGUCACGCCCACGCCCUGAGCAUGGUCCAGCAGCUGAAGAAGUCGGCGAGCAGCAACAACUUCGACCAGGCCUACAGCGACUACGACAACGAGCUGCAGUACUACAUCAACGACGAGGACGAGCUGGGCACCACCGGCGCCUACUACUCCAGCAACGAGGAGGACGAGGUGGAGGAGUCCCAGGGCUCGGUGCCGCUCACCAACACGCGGAUGAACAAGGCCCUGCUCAUGCGCAUCGAACGCAGCAAGCAGCGGGUGGCGGGCACCGGACAGACCCAAGCCAAGCCCUCCUCAGCGCCGGCUGGCAAGCUAAGCGCUGCCCAGGCCGGGGCAGGCCUCGUGGCAUGCCCCAACACGCCCGAACUGCCGCGACGCGGCAUCAGGAGUGCCUCGCGGGCGGCUCCCGGCUCUGGGCCCAAGACCCGCCAGUCGAUGCCGCGCGAGACGAGCUUGAGUCGAUUGGCCCAGCAGGUGCCCAGCUCCCUGGCCAACGCCAAGAAGCAGCUGCUGCAGACGGCCAACGCCAGCGUGGCUGCCGGUGCCAGGGAACAGCGAGUGCAGCCCAAGUAUAUGGACAUUUCCAAGUACAAGCCGGCGCAGUCGAACAGCUUUCUGCGGAAGAACGACGCCAAGAGCACGCUGAAGCCGUCGGACCAGAUGAAGCGCAGUCCCAGUGCCAGCUCCAUGGGCCUGAGCCGGGGCGAGGGCACCCGUGCCAGCAAUCGCAGUGUGCGGAGCACCGUCUCCGCCAUGAACACCAGUACCACGUCCCUGGGCGGCAGCAAUUCCGGUAACCGGGCCUCUUCCGCUGCCCGACGAGAUGCCUCAGUUAACAAGCAAAAGGAGGCCGAGAUGGCCAUGUGGAAGCGUCGUUCGACAUACGACCCCAUGAAGGCGGCAGCCGAGGAUCGUCGCAGGAAGGAGGAAGCGCGUCGUGCCCAGAACCAGACGCAGAGUCAGCAACAGAUGAACGACGAGGCCGAUGAAGUGCCUUUCGAGAGUGUACUGCGCCCAAACAACAAUAUGACUAUCACGGGCGGGGGCCACGGCUACAGUCCUCGAAACUCUGUGGAAAACGACGCCUGGACGCUUGGUGAGUCCUCAGAGUAUGGCGAAUAUGUGGACGACUACGAUGAGAACGACGAGGCGGAGGCGGAGGCAGAGGCAGACGAGGAGCACGACUAUGUGGGCCAGGAGUCCGAUGACGUGUUCGAGAGGGAGUCUGCCGAAACUGCGGCCCAGGGCAGUGCCGAGUAGGCCGCAAGAACAACAACAACAACAACAACAACAAAAAGAACAAGAACACAAAGCGAAACCAGCAACAGUGAUACAUAGAUUCGAUAUAUACAUAACUAUAUAUACAUAUAUAUGUACAACAUAUUGUAUUUCUUAGAGAUCGAUGGAACCUUCUCUGAGUUGGAUCAUACUGCACAUACUAGAUCCUUCAAUCCCGGCUCAUUCGAUUUAUUUGUACUUUGAAUGCCGCGAGUAUCAUCGAAUAACCAAAUAAACAGAAUAUGCUUAGCGAUAGAAAGUUAAUGCUGUCCAAAAAUGCCAUAAACAGAAAUGCUUGUUCAAAAGAAGAAAUUGUUCAAAAUCUAAACAGGAAACCGUAUUAAUUGUGAAAGAACAACAGCAUAGAUUAUAGCCAAUCGAUUCCGUUUCCGAUAACAAAUUCAAGUCUCUUCAGUCUUCAAUUUUGCUUAUGGUGCAAUACACACACUCUAUGAAGGAAAACUAAUACUCAGAAGUGGCCCGGCCCAGCUAUUGUCAGCGGUUCGCGACCAAGUGCUACACAAAUAUUUGUAUUAUAAGAAUUGCUGAUCCCCCAUCGGGACAACGGACCACAAGGAAUUGAAUUAAUUUGUAAUUUGUGCUAAGAUCAGUUCUCUCUUCGACCGGUUAUAUGCUUACAAGAAAAUGCAAGGAAUUAGUUCAUUUUGUCGUAGGAUUUUGUAGUUACUCAUGAACUCAUGAACUCAUGUCUGUAGGUUUUUUGAUACACUUAUGUACGAGCAUGUAUGUAUGGUAUGUGCGAACAGAACACGCAAUGGAAGGUAGCUUACAUAACUAGUUAUGAUACGAUCUAGUUUUAUAUAUGAACAUGCAAUGGAAACACUAGUUGUACUACAUACUACAUAUAUUGUAUGUGUAUGCAGAGAUCUGCAUAGUAUAUUUAUGGAGCAUAUGUGGUAUUUGCUUUUAAACUAACUAAAACUAAAUUGUUUAAGUUUUUUUUUUAUUGUUUUCGAAACUGCAAAACAGAAUUAACAUAGCAGUCAACCAGUGGUGUCGGUGUCCAUAUAUAUUCGCAACUGCUCGUGGCCUUUUAUCUGGAGUCGUUUGGGUGGGAUAGCAAAAUAGAUUUUAACCGAAUAGAACUGAAGGAUUUAUAAGUUAUAAGACGGUCCAUGGAAUAUCGUUUAAAGAUAGUUUAAAAAAUCCAGCACUCAACAGAUAAUGUCCUGCCAUUCGGAAUGUCCAUUGAUGGGGUUUCCCGAGCAGUUGCCCGAUUUUAAAACACACAUCUAUUAUUUACUAUUUUAAAGAAAAUUUAAUUUUAACACAAGGAAAAGUAAAACUGAUCAACAGCCGUCUAUAACAUUUUUAAAAUUUGUAUAUUUUAAGUAUUUAAACAAUGAUGAACGAAUUGUUUACCGUAUUGUGUCCUAUUUCUUGUUAUUUGAUUUCGCGAAUAUUUUUAGAUAAACAAAAAUAAACGAAUG